UUAAAUAUUAACUUUGUUAUACGUGCCUUUUUAUCAAUUUUAAUUAAAAAUUGAACAUCUAAAUUUAAAAAUUGUACUCUAAAUCAUACAGUAAUGUGAUACGCCCACAUGUAUUAUUCAUCAACAGUCAUUGAAUCGUAAUAGAAGUUUGAAGUAUACAUCAACAUUUUAUAUGCUUUUUUAACACGAAAGUGCUAUGAUCUCAGGUAAAACACCAUGUGUAGGGGACAGAAUAGAAUGUGCGGGUCAGUAUGGAACAAUAAAAUAUAUUGGGGAAGUAGAGGGUUAUCCUGGAACUUGGUACGGGAUCGAUUGGGAUGACCCCGAACGUGGAAAGCACAAUGGUAUAGUUCGUGACAAACAAUAUUUUACAGCCAGGUACCCCAGGUCGGCAUCAUUCGUUCGUCCAGAAAAGGUCAAUGUAGGUCAGUCAGCAGUAACCGCUAUUCAGUCACGGUAUGGCCAAAAAAGUGAUAACAAUAAUGCGUAUGACAAACAGCAGCUACUAAGUUUACAACGCACCAUGAAUGCCCCAUUCUUAGAAUUAGUUGGAUUUGAUAAAGUCAGUGACAUUCAAAGUGACUUUAAUAAACUCAAGAUAGUUAAUAUUCGUUUGCAAUGUGUAAAUUGUCCAGGAGAACCAAACGCUUUGGAGAUCAUGUGCCCAAACAUAGUUGAAUUAGAUAUUUCGAAAAAUCUACUUACAAAAUGGACUGAAGUUUUCGAGAUUUGUUCCCAACUAAAGAAACUGUCGUGGCUUAAUGUUAGCGAAAAUCUCCUUAUUAUCCCAGACAAUUACACAAAUUUCAAAUUCGAAAGUAUUAAAACAUUAAUUUGCGGUGCCAUGAAUUUAAACUGGACAGAUUUACAAAAGCUUUCAGUUGUGUUUCCCGAACUUGAAGAACUUAGGGCCCCGAAGAACCAAAUAACAUCUCUAAACACUUCCCCAAGUCACUCUUUUCAAAAAUUACAACUCUUAGACAUUGAAGACAAUAAGGUGGGAAAAUGGGAAGAGAUAAUAAAAUUGGGAGUUAUAAAGACACUAGAACAAUUAAUACUGGAAAAUACUGGAAUAAAAGAAAUUAAGUUCCCUUGCAAAGACGGCGAUAAUGCCUGCAAUAACUUUGAAAACUUGAAGAAAUUAACUCUUACAAACAACGAAAUAUCAGACUGGAAUUCGAUAGGAGAAUUAAAUAAAUUGGGAAACCUACAAGAGCUACGCCUUCUGAGGAAUCCAGUGCUGGAAAAAGAAAACUAUGCCACCUGUUUUCAAAUUGUAAUCGCUAGAAUUGCCAGUCUGCAGUACUUUAACGGAACAUUAAUUAAACCGGAAGAAAGAAAAGGGGCCGAGUACGAUUAUCUUAAAAAGUACGCAUUGGAAUGGUUUUCUGUAAGAGACGACGACGAAAAAAGAAAAGAGUUUUUAGCAAAUCAUAACAGAUACUUAGAAUUAAUGGAAAAAUAUGGUUCUCCUGAGGAAUCGGAGCUUAAACAACAACCCAAGUGUAUAAGUGGUUCUUUAAUCGAAUUGAAACUUGUCUAUGAAGACCAAGAGAAAAUAAAAUGCUUGCCCCCCACAAUACAAGUCAGGAAACUGACAAUGUUAGUUCAGAGACUGUUUAAUUUGUCCGAAAGACCUAUUUUAGUCUGCAUUUCGAAUAGUCAACCCGAAAUCGAAAUAGAACUGGACGACGACGGAAAAGAAAUUGAUUUUUAUUCUAUACAAACCGGAGAUCAAAUAAUCGUCAAAACCUAAUAAUAAAUAACAUAUUGUAUUGUAUUUAUUUUUACUUUGCCCUAAAAACUCUUUUUUCAAUUACGUAGAUGUAAAUAAUUAUUUUUUAAAUAAAACUGAUAACCAACA